UUGAGUCCCCAUUAACUGUCGAAAGAGUAAAACAUAAAUUCCGUUUUUCUUGCGCAUUUGUCUGGUGGUCUCUCUUCAGUAGCAACAGAAGCUGACAUCAUGGCCGAGAACAUGACCCUGCUGUGGGGCUCCGGCUCUCCGCCCUGCUGGAGGGUGAUGAUCGCUCUGGAGGAGAAGAACCUGCAGGGAUACAACAACAAACUGCUCUCCUUUGAGAAAAUGGAGCACAAGUCCCAAGAAGUGUUAGAUAUAAAUGCCAGGGGACAGCUUCCAUCUUUCAAACAUGGAGACAACAACGUGAAUGAAUCCUAUGCAGCUUGUUUUUACCUGGAGAGUCAGUUUAAGUCUCAGGGAACCAAACUGAUCCCAGACGGCGCUGCAGAACAAGCUCUGAUGUACCAGCGCAUGUUUGAGGGUCUCACAUUCUACGAAAAACUCAAUGCAGUUAUCUACUACACCUGGUUUGUCCCUGAAGAAGAGAGGCAUGACUCAGCUCUGAAGAGAAACAAGGAAGCUCUGACUGCUGAACUCCAGCUCUGGGAGGACUACCUGCAGCUGGGCUCGGCCUCUAACCUGGCAGGACCUUCCUUCUCUCUGGCCGAUGUGACAGUUUUUCCAACUGUUGCUACUCUGUUCCGGUUUGGGCUGUCUGCUGAGCGUUACCCCAAACUGGGAGAGUACUACGCUCUGCUGAAGGACCGCCCCAGCAUCAAAGCCAGCUGGCCUCCUCAUUGGCUGGAGAACCCCAAGGGACAGGACACACUGAAAGACAUCUGAGACCCUCACACACACUCCUCAGUCACGUCUGAUUGUGAUGCUUUUGCUUUUUGCAAGACAACCCUUUCAUUUUUCAGAAAAUAAACAGUGUUGAGGUUACGAUAAAAGAUUUGUAUGUUCCAAAUAUAUCAGUGUUCCAAUAGCAGAAACCUUUUUUUGUUAAUCUAGCUUUUACAUUGAAUUAAAAGGCUGUGUUUCUGUUAAAUCUUGGACAAUAAAUCAGUUGGAAAACACAGGCAUAAUAAGCAUUUUUUUGUAUAUCAGUUACUCACCCUGUGCUACCUUGAAUUCUUGAAUAUAACUUGUUUUCUCGUCACAAUGAACGCAAAAUCUAAAAUCUGGGAAAAUGUUGAAUUCAUUGAAGUAAAUGGGCGCUUGUUCAAUGUAAUCCAACUCGGAUCAGCCAUGCAAUGCAAGAAAAACAAUGUGUGUUUGUGAAUUUAAGGUAAAACAGGAUCAGAUAUUGAUAGUAUUAAUUUAAACUGCAAAAUGUUAUGAUUGCAGGGUAAGUCCUUCACCAUUCAACAUUGGGAUAUUAUUUAGCGUUGCUUGUUGCCAAGUUAGAAGGUGUGUUUGACUAACAUCAAUAUCAGUUUACUAAUGCCUUUACACGCCACUAUAAGAGUACUUUAAUGCAUUUUUGCUUAUGAAGCUAGUUCUUUAGGUUGAUUGGGUUUCUACCAAUUUUGCACUAAAUAUCCUCCGCUAAAUCUAUAUGUCUUGCAUGCUGUUUGUAUGCAAUGCAAUUUAAAACCAUAUAUUGGCUCUACAAUUCCACUGGGGAAAAUAAAAAUCAAUAUGUGACUGCUGGAGAUGUGAUGUCUAAGAGUAAGGAUGUAUUAAUGUUUAAACCUUACUGUUGCUGAACAUUGAAUGAACCCAAUAAAUACCACUGUUCAAGGUCAA